CAGAUAAUCAAAAUAACACACAACACAUUUUGUGACCGCCCCUUUCUUUCAUGAAUUAUUGUCAAGAUGAGAUCUCUGUAUUUAAGGAAGGAUACUGAAGGCUCGGACUCUGAAAUAGCAAUAUUAAAAGAAAAUGCAGACUUUAGAUUAUCUGAUACAGCUGAUGAAAACUGUGUAUUGGUGAGGGUGAAAGCAUGUGCGCUGUCGACCACUGAUGUUCAGAUCAUAGAACAACUUAAUUUACCCUCAUCGGAGAUGCCAAUCGGGCGUGCCAUUUCUGGUGUUGUAGAAGACGUUGGAAACUGUGUGAACUCGUUCAAAUCUGGAGAUGAAGUUGUCGCGCUUCUUCCGCUCGAUUCUCAGUACUCCGGCUGUGCGGAUUUAUGUGUUGUCAACGAAUAUGAUUUACUUACGAAACCGAAGCGAUUGGAAUUUAAUGAGGCUGUGGCGUGCAUGUAUGAGGGCGUCAGAGCUUAUACUGCAUUACAAAUCCAAGCCAGGAUGUGUGCCGGAGAAACCAUACUUGUUAUGGAUGGUGCAACGAAAAAUGGGUCAUGUUUAAUCCAGCUGGCCCAGAAUUGGGGUGCAAAGGUCAUCACUACUGUCAACUCGCAGGAGGAGAAACUUCACUUGGAAUCAUUUAAACCUCCAAUAACUUCCAUCAUUGACGUCAGCAAUGGUAAAACCAACACAAUACGCAGUGUUUGCUUAGAAGAGACCGGGGGAUUAGGAGUUGACAUUAUUAUAGACAGUGGAGUGAAUAUGUUUCCAGACCAACUGGAGGAUGAUGUCAUUGCGAAAAAACAGAAUCUUCCAAGUAAACAUGAACUUAUCUCAUCGUUAGCAAUCUGUGGAAGAUGGGUAACGUCACAUAGGGAUUUACAGAUAUUUUGAGAGAUGUAAUGAACAAAGUUGCAAGUGGAGUUGUAAAGCCAUUGAUUACGGGCAAUAUUACUUUGGAUGAUGUACCCUCAGUGUACCCAACACUACGAUCAAGAAGAAUAGGAGCUGUCAUAGUGGAGAUGAAAUAGUUAAUGAUUUGCCUGUUACAUUGUAUAUACAGAAAUAUUCUUAUACAGUAUAUAGUAUACUAAUAGCUCCCCCCCCCCCAUACUUAUCUUUGGAAUUCGGUACAUAAUAUGGGUGCAGUAUUUGGAAACAAUCAGAAGAAUCACAAAGAUCAUUGUAUCAAUCUUCUUUUCCAUCAAGCUGCCCUUACUAGGAAAUACUAAGUGAAUAAGGCACCCCUUAUUUUGUAAUAGGCAGUGCUAUUGGUCCUGUGUCCAAUGUAGGUGUGUACAUAUAAACUGGUCAUAGCCACAUGUGUGCUGUAAGCAGGGGCGGAUCCAGAGAUGUCCAAAAGGGGUGCUGAAAGUGGGGCCGAUCAAGAUAAUUCUAUCCUAGG